AUGCACGAAAUUUCCACAGAAGAAUUCUCCUGUCCACCAGAGCUAAUAGACGGUCUCCGUGGAACCAACCAAUAUGACGAUUUCUAUGGCAUUGGGAACCAUUGUUACCGUUCUGUCCUCACUCUCAAGUAUCGUGCUCUUGGACAGAACGGAGAAUAUGUCUGCCAGGUUACCGCACAAGAAGGCGUCGCAGUAGAGAUGCCGAUCCGGUUCCAUUUUCCUCUCGGUUAUCCAUUGGAAAGGCUGGUUCGUCUCCGUGUGAAGCAGGAAGAAGAGUCGACUUGCGUCGCUAACCUUGUGGCUGCCGCGCACAACCUCUCCCGGCAGGAUCUGGUGCAGAGACUAAACGACUGUCCGCGCAAUACCCGCCUUCUCACCUGGCUCUCAAGUAACGCUAUCUGCGCAGGCGCAGAAGUGGAGCUGAACUGUGCGUACACUGGUCUGAUGAUGCAGAUCGGCGGCGACUACCUACGCAUGCUCUCUCUGUCUGACCUCCAGACCGAUGCCCAGUUGAUUGAUUGGGUGAGGAGUGUGUCUGGUCAGGUGGUAUCCGGUCCCGAUCCACCCCAAGGUGUUCUACUUUUCGUGAGUCCUCUUCAGCUCUUCAUAUAG